CGCACAGGAAGAGAAGACUGAACCUGUGCUUGGGGAUUUAGACUUGAUUUUGGCAUUAUCAAAGUCUCCGUGAACUACGGAAAAAAAAAUCUUAUGAUUGAAGACAAAGGGAGAAUAUCACUCUAAAGAAGCUUCAUCUGACGUAUCUUGCAACAGGCCCUGUUACAGUGUGUCUUAGAAACAACAACAUGACUGAAGCGAUGAGCAUGGCAGACGUGUCAACAGACAUGACGCAUAUAAACAACACAAAAAACACGAACGAUAUAGCUGAUGCUAAUGAUACAGAGAACACAAUCAAUGAUGAAAACCAUAAAGAGGAAACAUGUGAUGUGAGCAUGUCUGAAGAAGUGGAGAUAGAGAGUGCUGCAGAUGAAGCAAAGAAGACCAACUUACCAGAGAAGGAAGAGCCCAAACAGGAGACAAAGACCACCGGCCGGACGAGAAAACGAGAGAGGGUUUCAAAAACGAAUGAGGAAAACACCAACCAAGUGGAGAAAGAUGAAGAGGAGGAUGCAACAUAUGAUUUGACAAAUAUGUCAGAGGUGGCGCUAAAACAAGAGAAACUGCUUAAAACAUCUAAGCCUGUACAGAGAAGUUAUGUUCCCAAGUUGGGGAAAGAAGAUGUGAAGAAUAAGUUUGAGUCCAUGCAGAAAGCUAGAGAAGAGAGAAACCAAAAGAGAAGUCAGGAGGAGCAAAAGAAACGCAGAGAGCAGUUCGUUAAAGAGAGAGAGUAUGUUCGCAGGAAGCAAAUGGGUGACUUCUUCACUUCUUCUUCAUCACAGGAUGGCGAUGACAGUCUAUUGGUACGAGUGGUGCCUGCAAAAUCACAAAAACAGCCGGGAAAGAUUAAGAUCAACUUUGAGGACUUGGAGAAGAACAGAGAAGAGGAACUAAAGAAGCGAACUGAGGAUGAAAAGAAGAAAAGAUAUGACGAAAACCGGCGGUCUUUCCGAGAGGCCAAGCGUCGCUCCAUGAUUGAACAGGUGGACGAUGCAGAUUCUACUCCCAAGGAGAAGGAGCCGGUGACCCCUGGCAAACUGCUUCUGACCUUUGAAGAACAGGAGAAGGAGCGACAGGAGCAGCAGAGAAAACAGGCAGAGGAGGAGGCCCGACGCAGACGGGAGGAGGAAAGAAAAGCUUUUGAAGAGGCCAAGCUGGGCAUGGUUGUAAAUAGUGAUGAUGACAUCCUGCUGGCCAUGAUAAACUCAGAUGGGGCUAAACCCGGGAAGCUGGCCAUCAGCUUUGAGGAUUUGGAAAGACAGAGACGAGAAGAAGAGCAGAAAAGGAAAGAGGAGGAAGCCAAGCAACGUUUGGAAGAAGAGAAAAGACUUUUCGCAGAAGCUCGCAAGAACAUGAGACCUGGAUUGGAUCAGGAUAAUUUGACUGGAUAUGGAGAUAAAGAAGUGCAGGAUGAUGAUGAAACUCUGGUGAGGACAGAGUCACAGGAAGCAAUCCACCCAGGGAAACUAGAAAUGAACUUUGAGGAGAUGCUGAAAAUGAAAGAGGAGGCAGAGCGAAAACGCAAGGAGGAGGCCAGACGCCAGAAAAUGGAGAUGGAAAAGAAAGAGUUUGAACAGUUGCGACAAGAGAUGGGCGAGGAUGAGAUCAAUGAAAGCUCUGAGGUGGUGAGCACAGAGUACGAAGAACUAACAAAGCUGAAGCGAACUGGCUCCAUCCAGGCCAAAAGCCUGAAAUCUAAGUUUGAGAAGAUCAAGCAGCUCACAGAGGAGGAUAUCCAGAAGAAGAUCGAGGAGGAACGAGCAAGAAGGAAAGAAAUUGAUGAGAAAAUCAAGGAGAGAGAGGCAGAGCGCUGUCAGGAGGAUGAAGAUGAGGAUAAAACAACUCCAGCUAAAGCAGAGGACGUCCCUUUCAGACAGAAAGUGGACAUGCGUGCGCGAUUUGAACAAAUGGCCAAGGCCAGAGAAGAAGAGCAAAAGAGAAAGAUCGAAGAGCAGAAAUUACAAAGGAUGCAAUUUGAACAACAGGAAAUUGACGCUGCUCUUCAAAAAAAAAGGGAAGAAGAGGAGGAGGAAGAGGGUAGCAUCAUUAAUGGCUCCGCCGCCUACGAGGAUGAAGAGGACCACGCCAGGUCGGGCGCUCCAUGGUUUAAAAAGCCCCUUAAGAACCAGUCGGUGGUCGACACAGAGCCUGUGCGGUUCACAGUGAAGAUCACAGGAGAACCCAAACCAGAGGUCACCUGGUGGUUUGAAGGUGAGCUGCUGCCGGACUCUGAAGACUACCAGUACAUUGAGAGAGGGGAGACCUACUGCUUGUACUUGCCAGAAACGUUCCCCGAGGAUGAAGGAGAGUAUAUGUGUAAAGCCGUCAACAGCCGAGGAACUGCCGCAAGCACCUGCAUUCUCACCAUUGAAAGUAAGCUGCCCUCCAUCUCCACUAACCACCUGCAUGCUGAGAUUUCUUAUGCCGUCUCUAACCUCGAACGGAUCGCACGCUCCGCUUCCUCUCGGUUCUACUUCUUCUUGUUCAUCUGUGUCACUCUGUCUCCUUGUCUUUCUCUUUCCAGCUGA